AUGAAGCUACUUCUGGUUCUUGUUGGUAUUUUUGCCUUUGCUAACGCAAGGUCCUUCCAACCAGAAAUACCAGAAUACAAUACUGCUUAUGGGUACUUAAAGAACUACGGUAUUCCUGCUGCAGAAAGAAUAAGGAAAGCCGAAGAAGAAUACCUGAAUGGCCAUGUAAGGAUUGUUGGUGGUUCAGCGGCCAGACUGGGACAAUUCCCGUGGCAGGCUGGUCUCAUCUCUGAUAUUGUGGGCACGUCUGGUAAUGGUGUGUGUGGCGGUUCCUUAAUCUCUGCGUCGAGUGUGCUUACUGCAGCUCACUGCUGGUAUGAUGGACAGAACCAAGGGUGGAGGUUCACAGUCGUUCUUGGGUCAAUAACGCUUUUCAGCGGUGGUACCCGCCUACAAUCUACGCAAGUUGUCGUGCACAACAAUUGGAAUCCAUCUAUGGUCCGUAAUGACGUUGCAGUCAUCCGCUUACCUAGAAAUGUUGCUUUGUCAAAUACAAUUGCUGUUAUCGCCCUGCCAUCCGGUUCGGAAGUAAAUGACAACUUCGUGGGUGUAACUGCUACUGCUUCUGGUUUCGGUCUAACUAGAGAUAAUGGCCAAAUAUCAAGCAAUCAGGUCCUGAGUCACGUGUCAUUGACUGUGAUCACGAACAGCGUGUGCCAACGUUCGUUCCCAUUGAUUGUUCAAUCCUCCAACAUUUGCACUUCUGGAGCAGGCGGCGUCGGAACCUGCCAGGGUGACUCCGGUGGUCCUCUAAUAACAGUCAAAAACAACAGGCCAAUCUUGAUUGGUGUCACCUCUUUCGGUUCUGCUCGCGGUUGCGAGAGAAACCAACCGGCUGCCUUCGCUAGGGUUACCUCCUUCCUAAGCUUCAUCAGACAACACAUGUAA